AUGAACACUCAUACUCGCCAUUUACUCCGAUCCAUCCCCACUUCAACGAAACCACGUCUUCCAAACGGAAAUAUCGUGGCUCGAUGUAUUUCGACAUCCCAGAUAGUCGGUCAAGUACCUCCCUCAUCAUCGAGCAAUGCCUCGACAUCGCACGGUAAGACGACUCAUUUUGGGUUCAAGGAGGUACCAGAGGAACAGAAGGAGACUUUGGUCGGAAGUGUAUUCAGCUCUGUAGCUUCAUCUUACGAUGUGAUGAACGAUGCGAUGUCUCUGGGUAUUCACAGACUAUGGAAAGAUUCUUUCGUCUCUUCGCUCUUACCCAGAUUACCUCCGUCAUUACAUCAAAAUCAAGUACCGGGAUCAUCGACAGAGGCCAGAGAACCAUUCAGGUGUCUGGAUGUUGCAGGAGGUACAGGUGAUAUAGCGUUGAGGAUCCUUGAUAGGGCAAAGGAGAAAUUCAACAGUAGGGAUAUCCAGGUGGAGAUUGUUGACUUGAAUCAGGGGAUGUUGGAUGAAGGUAGGAAGAGGGUAGCAAAGACUUUGUACUAUAACACUCCCCAAAUAACAUUCACCCACGGAAAUGCCCAAUCGCUCCCUUCCCACAUCGCAGAUAACUCCAUCGACCUAUAUACCAUCGCAUUCGGAAUCAGGAACUGUACCUCAUUGCCUGCAGUCCUAAGUGAAGCUCACAGAGUAUUGAAGCCUGGAGGUAAAAUUGGUGUACUGGAGUUUGGUAAAGUGUCAAAUCCUCUAUUCAAGGAGAUUUAUCGACAAUACUCAUUCCAAUUCAUCCCUAUUAUGGGUAAGAUCCUCGCUGGUGAUUCGGAAUCAUAUCAAUAUCUGGUAGAAUCCAUAGAACGAUUCCCAUCGCAACCUGAGUUCGCACAACUUAUGCGAAACGCAGGUUUCCAGACUGGUCAAUUGAGAGAAGGUAAAGGUGGAGCUUGGACGGAUUAUACAAACGGUAUAGCAACGGCUUGGACAGGUGUCAAAGCGUAG